GGCUGUGGCUGUGUCUUUCCACCUGUGCUGGCCUCACGGCUGAGGCUGUGCCUUCAGGCCCUGGGGCCGGUGCCGGUCUCUCUGGCUGUUUUUAGGCCCAGCGCUGGUGCUGGCCUCUCAAGCUGUGGCUUUAUGCACUAAAGCUUGUGCCAGCCUAUAACAGCAUGCACUUUAAAACAGUUCAUGUAAGUAAAUGAAAGCAGGAGAAUGCUGAGCUCUUCUGGGUGUUUCUAGAAUUGGGACACAGACAGGAGAGCUCAGCCGUGUGCGCUUGGUUGUAUGCAGCAAUCUCUACCACAUUUGCAAACGUCGAUAAAUCCUUGUUAUCCUGCUUUACAGGAGUAGGGUGUGACAAGAAACCAAUGACUACCAGUUUACAGGAGGUAAUGAAUUUAAAGUUUCCCUUCUUCCCUUGGCACUUAGCUUACAGAGUUCUGCUGUGCCGGGUGCUGGUGUCAUACCUCUAAGCCACAAUAUUGAUGGGCUCAGCUGCCACCAACUGGUAGCUACUCAGCCACCUUGUGUGUGAAACGAGGAAAAAACGCCAUUCUGAACCCACAGCACCUCAAAGCCCCUUCAAGAGCCCCCAGUACUGCCCUGAGCAGUUUUCCAGUUUUCCCUGCUGCCCCUUCAAAGCCUCAGGAGUGCCAGCAGCACCUCGUGCCUUAGGAUGCCCGGUGGAUUUCACAAGGAUGCUCCCAUCUCCUGCAUUGUGAUCAGUGGCAAAAGUAUCCAACGGCGCUGACCGGAGCUGGGGGCUCAGCGGUGACAUACAGGGAAACCUGCUGUGCUGCAGCGUGAGCCUCCGGUCCCGCUGCUGGGCACCGCCGGGCGCAGCCCGGCUCCGUCCUCUGCGCAGCUCCCUGCGCGGACCGAUGGCCGCGCCCGGGAUCGCCCCGAGCCUCCUCUUCUGCAGGCUGAGCCGCCCCAGCUCUCCCGGAAUCCCACCCCAGCCAUUUCCCACGCGGUGCCGAGGAGGGGAGGGGACGCGGGGGGAGCGACGGGGCCGGCGCUCGCAGUGCUACGACACGGCCGUUUGCGCCGCCCCGUCCUUACCCGGCGGUGGGUACGGGGACGGGGCGGCUUAUUGGAGCUGCAGAAACGACCGCGGGCAGAAGCGCCGAGAAACGAACGGGAAACGUUUAAUCCACGAACGCACACAGCGACAAACAGAGAAACGACCGCGUUGCCAACCGGCUCCCGUACAAACGGCGACUCUGGAGGACGGCUCGGUGCCGGCGGGGGAUGGACAGGCCCCGCGCCGCCUUCCUCCGACCGCCCGGCGUCCCCGAGGCACGGGGCGGGCGGCGGCGCAGCGCCGCUUUCCCCGCACGGAGCCCUGCGGCUCCGCCGCCACUGCAGAAGGGGCCGGGCGCUGCGCGCGGGGUCCUUUCCGCCCGCUGUCGCGCCGUCAUUGCGUCAUCACCGCGCGUCCCGCAGGGCCCCGGCCCGGCUGCCCGCGGCGAUGCCUGCGGUUGUUGCGUUGCGGGAACUCAGCGCAGCCUGCAGAGAGCGGUCCGGCGGCACGGGAAGAUGGAGGCCGUGCGGUGCGAGUGCCUCAGCGGUGUGUGCAGCCCGCGAGGAGCCGAGCGGGGCCGGGAAGAGGAAGCCGUGGGAGUCCCGGGGAGGGACGCGCGAUGGCAGCGUCAGCGGCGGGCUCGGCUGCUGCCUCCUCCGCUCCUGACGCCGCGCGCUGGCGCACUUUGAGAAGCGCCCAGAAGCCGGAGCCCGCUGUCACAUCUGUGGGGUUCCACGGAACGCGCAGACGUGGGGUGAGUUGAGGUUGGAUAUCAGGACCAACUGCUGUACGGAAAGGGUUGCUGCCAGCUGCUGGUGGACCUGAAUGAGAAGAGAUUGACCCAAAACUCGAAUGAUGGUGAGUGUGCUUGUUUGCUGUGCCACGCUGUGCCAGGCAUUUGCUGCAAUCAAGUCAGCGUAGGGAGUGUAGAGGACAAUGCACGUCUGCUUUUCCUGCUUGAGAAAAUCCAACUGAAUGCCAGCUAACAGAGGAAGUAUUUUUCCAGAUAAACUCUCUGGGCAUGCUGUUCUCUCCUGGUUGAACCCAAAGGUUCCACCCAUGCAGAGGUUAUUCCUGUGCCCGUCUUCCAAAGCCCAGGCUCCAUGAAGGCACAGAUGAAGAUGCCAUCACUGACGGCUUGACCAAACUCAAUGCUUCCCAACGUCAGCGAGUUCUGAUCACCUACAAGAGCACUCCUGCAGUUCAGAGCAGUUGUUGAUGCAAGGAGGGUUGGAGCCUGAAGAGAAGUGGUGAGCAGCUCAGUUCCUUCUGUCCUCGAAGGCCGCACCUUCUGCCAGCUCCUUUCUCCUCUCUUGGCCUUCUAGGGUUUGAUCGAUGACUGGAAGUGACUUGAAGCUGAGUGGGAAUUCUGAGAGGGUGAUGAUUGGGAUGAUGACUGCCAGCACCGUGUGUGACGUGCAGAACUAAGGAGGGCUGUGAAGGUUUGGAAGUCUUCCUUUCGAAUGGCUCAAGUUCUGGCCAAGGACUUGCUGCUUUGUUAUGUAUGCCUUCUUAUUUAUUAACUCUUAAAGAAACCUGGCUGCACGUCACAAGCAGGUGCUGGUAUCUGAAAUCUUGCUUGGCGAUUCCCUAGGGAGCAGGAACAGGUGAAGGCUGCCUGAUUGAAAUUCUGGCUUCUCGCACCAGUGAAGAGAUUGGUCGCAUUGAUGAGAACUGCGAGCUUCAAGGAGCCCAAAGCACACCUGAGCUGCGUUUCGCUGUCUUUGUGAGCUGUGUUCCCUUUGAAGGACUCCAUUAUCCAUCUCCAGCACCCGUUCCUGAAUGGGGAGUUCUCAGGAGUUGCUUCCAGUAGAUGCUCUGGUGAACCGAGUCUUCUCUCCUUGGGUCCUUGCAGGGAACAGAGGUGAAGGAAUGCAUGUGGAUGAUGGCCUUGCUCAGCAGAUGCUCAGGUCAGUUGUCCAUCUCAACAUCCAGUGCAGGAACAACAUUUCAUUCCCACAGUGCAUAAUGCUGUGAAGGCAUCGCAGGCCGCCCGCUCGUCUCCGCUGUGCUCAGGGGCUUUGCUGAGCUGCAGGCCCAGCGCUGCAGCCCCACAGCGCAGCCUCACGUCUGGUGACGGACUGCAGCUGGAAAACCCUGGCAGCGGAGGACGCUCCUGCCCCACAGAAGGACUCGCAGCUCCAGCGCCCUCAGUGCUGGAAGGAGGCUGCGGUGCCUCCACGCGAUGGAUGCGGUCCACCCGACAGCUCGUGUGGCUCACCGUGCGAGGCCAGCAGGAAGAAAGGUGGGCACGGGAUUAUCAUGAGCUCUAGAUAUGCAGCUAAAAGAGUCUGAAAACCAGGAGUCCAAACCCUUGUCUGUGGAAGGCCCACCUAGUUACCCAGCUCCUGAGCAAAGAAAAGGAAGAAUCAAGUCUUCAGUCAGCACACACACUCCAGUCAGUCAGCUCCGCAAUAAAAGCUACCUUUUCCAUGCACCUCCA